AUGGCUCGGCUCACAUGGCCCCGUCGUCCUGUUUAGUAGUUUUGCCUUCAUUUAUAGAGCACUGCAUUAGCCUAGCCCUCCCAUCAUUCAUCAUCUCUCUCAAUUUUAGAACCAAACUUUCAACAAAUCAUUCUUUCUCUGGUUUUUUUGGCAAUUUUUGUUCUGCCUUUGCCUUUGUGUUACAUUAUUUGCACUAGCUAGCAAACCUUGGAAAACACCAUACAAUAUGAAUAAUUAUUCUUUGAAUAAUUUUCAUGGCCUGAGAGGCUAUUCUUCUUCUUCUUCUUUUUCAUCUAAGAUGAAGACGAUGAAGAUGAGGAGGAGGCAGAGGCGGAGGCAGGUGGCGAGGGGCCGCGGUGGAGGAGGCAGGUCGAGGGUGCAGGUGAAGGUGAAGAAGCUGCAAAUGUUGAUUCCGGGAGGGAAAGGGUUGAAGGCGGACCAGCUUUUUCUUCAAACCGCAGAUUAUAUACUCCAGCUGAGGUUGCAGGUUAAUGUUUUGCAAGCGCUUUCCAAGAUUUACAAGCUAUGAGAUGGGUCUACUUGUGAAUUGUGAUGCCAUGCAUUUCGAUCUUAAUCAGUUUAUUAAAUUAUGUAUGAUGGUAAUUAAAUGUAUGUUCUUUCUCUUAAUUAUAUUAAUUUCCACCCGGCCCGCUAUAUAUAUAUAUAUGUAUGGCCUUAAUCGAUUGCCAUUUGGUUCCAUAUAA